AUGCAGCCGACCGAGUUCUACCACGGGACCUCGCUGGAGGCGAUUAUGGCAAUCCAGGAGUCGGGCUUCCGCGUGGAUCUGUCCGGCUCCAAUGCCGGCGCCGCCCUCGGGCCAGGAGUCUAUGUUACCACGACGCUACUGAAGGCCCUGAACUAUACGCUGAGGGCGCGACCGGCAAGCCAAACCCAGCAUCGGGAGGAGGAGCGCACAAGCUGGGCAGCUCAUGGCUACGACUCAGCCUGGGCCGCAGAGGGUGUCAUUGGCAUCCGUGAGGAGAACUGCGCUACGAGGUUUGCAACGGGCGCCUUCGCAAUGUCGCGGCGGAGAAGGAGGCGCAGCGCGAGCGCGACGCAAGCCGCCUAA